GUGUUCCAUUUCCGUUGGCUAUUUUCGGAUUGGAAUGGACAAAGUCAGUGCAAGAAAGAUGGCGAAAGUGUGUGGUGUGACAGUGGGGUUUUGCGUGAUUUUUCUGUUUAAUUUGGAUUACUGCAAUUCAUACACGAAUCAAAAUAAUUAUGAUUUGUAUGAGGUAGAUGGGGUACAAUAUGCCGAUUUUUUGUCUGUUCAUAACAUUCAAAAACGGCAAACACUACCCGAGUAUAAGCAAAUAAAUGCAGGAACACCUCCAGAAGACGUCAAAUACAAUGCACCAUUACAAAACAAGGAGGAUUCAGAUGUGAAGCAAGAACCGCCAGGCGUGUUGGACAGUGGAGGAAAUGGAAAUGCUUCCGUAGUCGAUGCAGCGUCUUUGCCGUCCAUACAUGAGAAGCAAUUAUUAGGUGUAAAUGGUACAGGACAGAGAAAAGAUUAUACAACUACGAAGAAACCUGAAAUUGUUUCGGAACCUAUAAAUCCAGUGCCUAAAGUAACCAAAUUGUCCACACCGAAAAAAGUAAAUGUAAAUGCAACCGAUUCAAUGACUAUGACAGACACUAUAAUAGACGAAGUAGACCAGCCAGAAAAUAACACUAGGAACGAGUUAACGAAGUAUAACAUAACAGAAGUGAAAGAAGAUUUUCACCUCUAUUAUAACAGUUCUGUGCUUGUGGAUAAGGAGCUAAUUGCCCAAUAUUGGAAUGAGUUUAAAAACAUCACUCCAAACUCAAUGCUAUCGAAAUCACAUAGAAGAGCAAUGACUGUGCAUCUCUCGUUUGAUUUUCCUUUCUAUGGUCAUCUUGUAAGGAAUGUAACUGUUGCAACCGGUGGUUUUCUGUAUACAGGAGAAUACGUGCAUUCUUGGCUUGCUGCAACGCAAUACAUAGCUCCUUUGAUGGCCAAUUUCGAUACGAGCCUGUCGGAAGAAUCUUUUGUGAAAUUUGUAGAUAAUGGUACAUCUUUUACAGUGCUCUGGGAGAAAGUUGCUUUGCAAGACAAACCGGAAGUUGGAACAUUUACUUUUGCAACCACUUUACAUAAAACCGGUGAUAUAGUUUUUACGUACUUCAGUGUUCCAAUUGAAAUUGAAGCUAUACAAGAUGACAAGCAUCCUGUAAAGGUGGGGCUGUCGGAUGCGUAUAUAAUAGAUAAAUAUGUAUUCUUUGCGCGUAGGAAAACUAUUUACGAAUAUCACCGAGUUAAUUUCCAAAGUCCUCAUAUUCAAAACGAUACAAUAAUCUACUUGGCGGCUCAACGGACGUGUCUAUCACUGAACGAUUGCGUUUCGUGUAUAUCAGAAAAACUAAAUUUCGAUUGCAAUUGGUGCCCUACAUUGAAUAAGUGUUCAACUGGAACCGAUAGGAAAAGGCAAGAGUGGUUGAAAAAGGGUUGUGACAGAACAGUAAUAACAGAGGAGUCGUUUUGCCCCGCCUUGGGCGAAAAGGGUAAUAACGCAGCUCAACAAACUAAUGACACAGCAGUAGCUUCAAAUUGGGAAUCAAAUCUCUAUUCGAAUUCAGAGUCUAUGCAUAAUGUUAACGAUGUAACGAGAAAUGCCGAAGCCAGUCAGAUGGGACAAUCAGAAAAAGAGAACGACGGUAAAAGAGUCGGUCUCGUAUUAGGAUUUAUGCUGCCGAUUUGCUUGAUAAUGAGUGCUUUACUAUGGGUGUUCUAUGCUUACAGAAAUCCGCAUACAAAAAGUGGUCAGCUACUUAUACAGCAAACACACGGUCUAAAGUACCGUCCUAGCCAGUGGACAUGGAGGAGGGGGGAAGCCAGAUACACGGCAGCAACUAUACACAUGUAACUAUAUUCCUCAUGAUACUUAGGAAGGAUCUUAAUACAGUAAUUAUAAACAUAAUGUAAAUUAAAAAGACAAAUCAUCACACUGAAUAAAUAAAUGAUGUAUUUGAGAUGAGCCACUAUUUGGCGAUGACAACUGAAAAUGCGUAAAGUAGGAAAUUAAUUAUAAAUCAUCCACGGCUUAUAUUUUUAUAAGUGACAAAUAUCCAUUUUAUACAAGAAAGAAAUUAUAGAAAUAAAUUUUUUAAUUAUACAAACGAAAACAAUACAAUUAAAUUAUUAUGUGUAUUUUACAACACACGACUUUUUUGUUACUGCUUUUCUUUUUUUAUUUCAAAAUUUGAAUUACUAACAAAUACACUCGCCUUUAAUCGGUUUUUAAUAAAUAUUAAUCAAAAAACUUGCGUCCAUCGAGUGGUACUUUUCAAAUAUUUUUGCAAGUCUAGAAUACGCAUGUGUUUAUCCAUCGUUGUUAUUUGCAUUAAGAUCAAAUGCCGAGUUUUGUCCUUUUUUGUUCCUGUGAUAUGUUGUUAAUUAACUCUAUCAGACUUUUGAAGCGAUUCAAACUUUAUACGGCGUCCAUAACAUUUGAAUAUUCUAAUCAUUCACCUUAGUGUUUUGUUUUGAAAUAGUAAAUUUGAUUCUGAACAACUAUUGACAUCAAAAAUUAUUAUUUCAUCUGAAAGUAAUUUGGGAAAGACGUUCUGUGUAUUUAAUUGAGAACAGUUGGUAGCUUGUGCCAUGUUGAAAAUGUUGACAUUCAAGAAUGGAAUCUCAUAAAGUUAGGAAAAAGUUAGUUUGUCAUGCAAAGCAGGCGAAAAGCAGUCAACUGUUCAAAAGUAAUGCAUUUAUCGUAAAGUGUUUUGAAACGAAGUUUUUCUGAGGAGAUACUGGUCUGAAUGCUUUUGAAAUUUUUCAAUAAAUCAACUGCAUUUUGGGUUUUUAUGUUGUACGAGUAUUAAUGGCGCAAUAAUAUUUUUAUCCGCCAAAAGGGUGAUGGCAGCUCUUCUGAAGCCGUAGGCGCAUGUUUUCAAUAGCAAAUGAACUAAUAGCAUGCUUAAUGGCAUUGAUAUUUUACUAAAUAUUUUUUAUGAUUAACGGUUGAUACUACUGUUGCGUUAAUAGUUUUAAAAAAGUUUAAGUUGGGUGGAACCAGAUUAUAAUUAUUUUUGCACAUUUCAAAUUAAUAACUAAACGAAAAUUGUUAAAUAUUUUAUUUACAUUUAAAUUGAAUUGAAAAUGCAUACGAUUAAAUGUAAGCUUACUAUACAUUCUUGUAAUUUUAACACGAUAAUUGUAUAUUGCUUUUUAUUUUGGUAAAAAUUAAAUUUUAAAUAAAUGUCUUUAUGAAUGUAUAA